GGCGCUGUCUUUGUUGGUACUCGCCGAUAACGAUACCACCAUUUCGGGCCGGAUCGGCGCCCCCUGCCGAUACUAGUAUCGGUAUCGGUGCAUCUUUAACACAGAGUCAAGUAGCUUCCAAUAGUCCACUAUUGCUUGAAAAUAAAUUACACAAUUGUAAGCCCGGGAGAAAGCAAAAUUAAACAGUCUGUCCUCUUACCACUGGUCCCACUGGCAAAGUUAGGUUUGAGUAAUGAUGGGAUUUUCCAUGAGUGAAUGUGCCGGGAACAUUGUUGAGUGGUGAGCUCCGUGGGUGCCAACUGUGUGGGAAGAGCAGUCAUCAUUGACGGGAGAAACAAGACUCAGAUACACCACCCCCUGCAGAUCCAGCUGUGAUGAAGAGCCAGAGGAGAAGGAGACAAGGGCAAUCGGUAGGCCUCACUGCUUCCUGCUUAUAAAUGGCACCGCUGGGGAAACACCAGGGAGCUGUUAAGCAAGCUUGGGGAGCAACAUUUGAUAUAUCUGACAACACCAGCAGGAUGAUGAUCGAUCUGGACAGCGCUUUUACGUGACAAAAAUAAGGUGAUGUCAUGGAGGCAGCAGUGAUGCUGUUGCUGAUGCUGUUGCCCGGUGCCUGAAUCUGUGCUGUCAGACAGGGGGAACCGAAUUCGACACUCCAACAUCAGCAAGAAGAGACGGCCAGUGGACUAAAGAAAAAUCCUAGACAUCGUUGGAAAUCAAGCAUUGAGAAGAUGACUCUCGCAGCCUACAAAGAGAAGGUGAAAGAGCUCCCUCUGGUGUCUUUGUUUUGCGCCUGCCUGAGGCCACAGAAUGUAGAGAAGGCUACAUACAAGGCAGAAGACGCAGUGGAUCUGGGAUGGAGUGCCAUAAAAGAUGUGGAGGUGAAAGAGUUGAACAAGAGAGCAUCGGGUCAGGCCUUCGAGGUCAUCCUGAAGCCGCCGUCGUUUGACGGUUUACCAGAUCUCAAUACAUCCAUGCCUCAGCGCAGAGACCCCUCCCUGGAGGAGAUCCAGAAGAAGCUAGAGGCCGCCGAGGAAAGACGAAAGUGUCAGGAAGCGGAGCUGCUAAAGCACCUGGCAGAGAAGAGAGAGCAUGAGCGAGAGGUGAUCCAGAAAGCCUUUGAGGAGAACAACAACUUCAUCAAGAACGCCAAAGAAAAGCUAGAGCAGAAAAUGGAGGCGAACAAGGAGAACAGGGAGGCCUUGUUGGCUGCCAUGCUGGAGAGACUGCAAGAGAAGGACAAACAUGCAGAGGAGGUGAGGAAGAACAAGGAGCUGAAAGAGGAGGCCUGCCGAUAGAAGACUGCAGAGUGAAAAGAAUCGACGGGAGGAGCAAAAGGCCCAUAAAACAGGAGAUAGAGUUUGUGUUUGAUGUUCUUUUUUUGAAUAAGGAGUACAACGCAAUCCAAGGGGAGACUCAUAAAGCGACUCAAAAUACAAGAGACAUAAGUCUUUCAUAUUGAUGUAAUGUAUGUAUGUUAGAACGAGCUGUACAACGCUUGACUAAUUCUUGAUGAGCAACAAAUGAAAUCAUUUUUUCAAAGACAAACGGGUAAUAGUGGUUGGGAUAUUUCAAAAGACAUUUCAUAUACGGAACAGACAGGAUGAAAGCAUCCAUUGUCCACUGCUUGCAUUUUUUUUUCUUAAGAAUUUGCGAUGCAGGAGUUUGCUACGGGGCUGUGAAUUGUAACAACACGACUCAGCUUUAAUUAUAUGUCCAAAUGAUUCUGUCAAUGUAUGAUAUUUACUGUAUUUUAGGCAUUCAAGCUUUUUUAUACCAUUUGAGUGGACGCAGAGAAGGGCCUAUUUGUCCUAACUAAAACAUGAUUGCUUGGGGCUAAUUUAAGUAGUAGCAGGGUAAAUAAUAGUAGCACAUGUUAAGCUACAGACCCUUCGAUAUAUAAGAGUAAAUUAUAAGCAUUCUUACUAGGGAUUAUAUGUGAAAAUUAAGUAUUUGUUAGAUUUACACUUCAUUUGGGAUUUACAACACUGUCUAGGCAGGCAUAAAUUGAGUCACAGGAGUUUAAACUGGUGUAUUUUGCAAUUUUCAGGGUCUUUUAGGUCAUUCACUGUAGUUUAGUUGUAGAUGUAGAGCACGAAUUGCACUCUUAUUUUCUCAAGCACAACUCAGAAGCACACAUGCAUACAUGAUGGGACAAAAUAAACACAUACAGUAUGAAGAUUUGUUGGCAAAGUCUUUGGGUUGGAUGAGCAAGUUUUCUGGUGUUGAGCUUUGGCAUGUGUCACUGUACUCUGUCAAUUUGUGAAAGAUAAAAAAAAAGAUGAAAUUGAUGUCAUUUGCUUGAGUUGUCGAGUAAUGCUGGCUUUUCUUGAGACGCUGAAAAUGUUUGCACAGCAAUUUGGAAAAAUGUAUUGAUUUUUGAGUGUAUCCAUUUGGCAUGGUCAGUAAAAAACAG